AUGGCCAGUCCUCCCGUACUUGCUUUCGAUGCUGAGGGCCGCCCAGUGAAGUUUGACACCUGGCUAGAUGACCUACACCUCUUCCUACAGCUCACUGCCAAGGAGGAUAUUUCGCUGUACGAUCAUGCCCUCGGUCACGCUACUGCCCCUCCUACCACUGCAGACAGCACUCAGCGCUCACAGUGGCAGACUCGUGACGCCCACGCUCGCUUCGCUAUUCGCAACUCCCUGCCGCUAGAUGAGCGCGAGCACUUUGGCCAGCACAAGACUGCUAAGGACCUGUACACUGCUGUAGUUGCUCGUUACUCCUCACCUGCCUCUGCCACACUAGGCCGCCUCACCCUCCCCUACCUGUUCCCCGACCUGGCCUCCUUCAGCACUGUCGCUGACCUCAUCACCCACCUCAGGACUAGUGAGGCCCGCUUUCGCGCUGCUAUGCCUGACGAGUUCCUUGCCAGCAACCCCCCCCCGCUCUGGAUCACGCUCUACCACAUCGUCACCCGCCUCCCUGACUCUCUGCGCGCAGUCAGGGAUCACUUCCUCGCUCGCUCUCCCACUGAGCUCACCAUUGCCCUCCUCGAGAAGGAACUGCUUGCAGCUGAGGCGAGCAUCGUCGCUGUAGGCACCUCUCGUGGCGACCCCCGCACCCCGUUCUUUGAGGGGUGUUCCCCUUCCCCCCUUCUCCCCUCUGUCGCCUCUGCUGCUACUGUCGACCUCCUUGGUGCUGAGAAGGUCGGGACCGCGUCUGCUCCGAGCGGGCGCCGCAGGGGCAAAGGGGGCAAGGGUGGAGGUGGCGGCGGGGGAGGCGGGGGUGGUGGCGGUGGGGGUGGAGGUGGGACUGGAGAGGCUAGUGGCGGCAGUGGGGGUGGUGACAGCAGUGGCGGGAGCGGUGGUUGGGGCGGAGGCGGCAGCGGAGGCGGAGGUGGUCGUGGCAGCGGCAGGGGUGGAGGUGGCCGAGGCGGUGGCGGCGGCGGUGGUGGUCGUGGAGGCGCUGGCGGUGGCCAGAGCCAGCAGCACGCCCCGUCGCUUCAGGAGGCACGUGAGUGGUAUUCGCAGCGGGGGGGGGCGGGUGGUUUUACCUGCACGUACGUCAUUCGCACUGGUGACCGCGCUGGCCAGACGUGUGGGAAGCCGCACCCCACGCACCGCUGUUUCUCGCGCCUUACCGACGCAUGGCGCGCCCAGUUUCCUGCUGGCGCUGAGCUGCCCCGCUGGGCUGAUCUGGAGAGGAAGGGUGUUGAUAUUUGGGCACUAGACUUUGAUGCUAUUCUCACUGCCAUGUAUGCGAUGUUUACUAGUGGAGAGGGUGCUCAGUACUUGCGUGUUCCGCCCGACCCGGGCAUUCUGACCAGUCCGACUGCCGCUCUAGGUGCUAGUGAGUCUGCUGCCCCAGGUCCUGGUGAGGCUGCUGCUCUAGGUGCUCGUGAGUCUGUGCCCCCUGGUACUGAGUCGACUACGGCACUGCACACCUUCACACUGGACUCAGGUGCUUCUCGCUGUUUCUUUCGUGACCGCACUGUCCUUGAGCCACUCGCUCGGCCAGUUGCUGUCUCUCUCGCUGACCCCUCUGGGGGUCCGGUCCUUGCGACCUCCUCCACUGUCCUUCCUUGUCCUGCAGUCCCGUAG